CGUAUCUACGUAUUAUUAACUCUACCGGUGCGACAUAACGCGAAACUUAUCGGCCGAGCAAAAUGCCGACGAGUUUGUUCAGCGAAAUGGACCGCGGAGCGAAUGGCGGUGGGACGGCUUCCCUCGAGGACCAACGAGCCCUGCAAUUGGCAUUAGAAUUAUCCAUGCUCGGUCUCGAGGGCACUCCCGGAUGCCCGGGCACCGGCACAGGAACCGGCACCGGAACGGCCAACGAUCCGGAUCCUCUGCAAACGACACCGCCAGGCGUUUUCGAGGAGGCACGUUCUAAGAAGAGCCAGAACAUGACCGAGUGCGUGCCGGUGCCUAGCAGCGAGCACGUGGCGGAGAUCGUCGGCCGACAAGGUUGUAAAAUCAAAGCACUGCGAGCGAAGACCAACACUUACAUUAAGACCCCGGUGCGCGGCGAGGAGCCGGUGUUCGUGGUAACAGGGCGCAAGGAGGACGUGGCCCGUGCAAAACGCGAGAUCCUGUCAGCGGCGGAGCACUUCUCUCAGAUCCGGGCGACGCGCAAGUGCUCGCUGGGCGCGAUAAUGGGCACACCACCUGGGCCGCCGGCGUCUGUGCCGGGCCACGUGACGACUCUGGUACGGGUGCCGUACAGAGUGGUGGGCCUGGUCGUCGGGCCGAAAGGCGCGACCAUCAAGAGAAUCCAGCAUCAGACGCACACCUACAUAGUGACGCCGAGUCGCGACAAGGAGCCGGUGUUCGAGGUGACCGGACUACCCGAGAGCGUGGAGGCUGCGAGACGCGAGAUCGAGGCACACAUAGCACUUAGAACCGGCUCAGGAACCGCCCUCGACGAUUCGGAACUGCUAAGCGUGCUCUGUCGCGGUGGCCUGGGCUCGAUCCUCGGUUGCCUCGACGCACCGGGCUCGAACGGCUCGAAUGGCUCGAACGGGUCCAGCGGCGCGUUCUCCAGCAGCGGAAGUUGCAGCAGCUCGUCCAGCAGUUCCGGUGCACCUGGACUGAACGAUCUCGUGGCGAUCUGGGGCGCAGGGAUGGAAAGGGACGAGGGUCUAGGCGAGUCGCCGUCGUUCGAGUCUCAGCCAGCCUCAGCCUCCUCUAUCUGGUCGUUCCCCAGCGUCGCGCUACCCUCCAGGCCAUCACCACCAGCGUCCACGAGCCCGACGUCACCCACGGACUCGCUGUUGGGCGGCGGACGACGGGAAUGCGUGGUGUGCGGCGACAAGGAGGUCACCGCUGCGUUGGUCCCGUGCGGACACAAUCAUUUCUGCCUGGACUGCGGCAACCGGGUCUGCGAGAGUUCCGACCCCAGCUGCCCCGUCUGCUCCAGGCCCGUUUUACAGGCGCUUCGUAUCUUCUCUUAAGCACCGACUCCAGCCAACCCGGAGAUCCUUCAGGCUCCUGUCUGCGUCGCGGCACCUGGUACAGCGGCUGUAUACCGAUUCUCACACCAUUGACAUGUCUGCUCUUCGACUUUUGGCGGCUCAUCCAGGAACGACGGCGCCGGAGAACGCCCACCCCCGAAUUUUCCGUAUAAGCUCGUAUCCCCCGGUUCGCGCACCUAUGCCGCCGCGACGUCGGGGGAACGGACGCGCACAAUGUCUCAAUUCCAC